CCGUUGAGUUUCCGUUACUAUUUACAAAAUCAUUCAUUUUCUUUACUUCCAAAAUCGAAAUUUAGUUGAAUCUUCUUAGCUCAAGCUAUAUCGAUUUCGAAAUGGAGGAAGGUCGUGACGUGGAUUCUAGUUUUUCUAAUUCAGGCGACGAUUCCGGCGGCGACGGUGGAUUGAGCGGUUGUUUUUUCUUAGAUCAUGUUGGCGAAGUUUUGCUUUCUCGGAAUCAUCAUGGUUUGUCCUGGAAAUGUUUGGAUUGUGAGGGAACGACUUGUUUGGGAAUUAGGAAUUGCGAGAAUUCCGAAACUGAGAUCAAAUUCUCUGAUAUUUAUGCUGUGGAGUUUGUUAGCUACGGUUUGGUGCAUAGUCCAAAGUUAGGACUUAGACAUGCCAAAGAAUGUUUCCAGGAACGCUUGUUAAAUACUCAAGAGAUGUAUCGGUUCACUGUGCAUGGAUUUCAAAGUUCACCAAAGGAGCCUUGUCUUUGGAAACUUGCCGCAUUCACUUUUGGCCAUAUGGACUUGCAGACGUGCCAGACUUGGAUGGAUCAAUUGAAUUACUCUUUGAUUAAGGAAGUAGAAAGACCAAGAAAUCUUUUGGUAUUCGUCCAUCCAAAAAGUGGCAAAGGAAAUGGCUCCAAGGUCUGGGAAACUGUUUCCAAGAUUUUUCUUCGCGCUAAAGUUAAUACCAAGGUGAUUGUAACAGAACGAGCAGGACAUGCAUUUGAUGUAAUGGCAUCUAUCCAAAACAAAGAGCUCCAUUCAUAUGAUGGCAUCAUAGCUGUUGGUGGGGAUGGUUUCUUCAACGAAAUCCUUAAUGGAUAUCUUUUGUCGAGACUUAAAGUCCCUCUUCCACCAAGUCCUUCAGAUUCCUUCAAUUCUGCUCAAAGUAGAGCUAGCUCCUCAGUUGCAGAAUCAGGAGAUGCAGUUCAUGAGACUGACCAAAAGGAACACUAUCCUCUACUUCCUGACUCAGUUCAAGAGGUUAUGAAUUUCAGGACAGUCAAUGGCUCAUGUGAAGGAAUUGAAUAUCCUGAUCAUCCCUUCACUGGUGGAAGGCCUCGAUUUGGCCUCAUCCCGGCAGGUUCAACUGAUGCAAUAGUUAUGUGCACCACAGGAGCUCGUGAUCCUGUAACAUCUUCGCUGCAUAUCAUUCUAGGAAGAAAGCUCUUCCUUGAUGCAAUGCAGGUUGUGCGGUGGAAAACAGCAUCAACCUCGACGAUUGAACCUUAUAUUCGUUAUGCAGCCUCAUUUGCUGGAUACGGGUUUUAUGGUGAUGUCAUUUCAGAAAGUGAAAAAUAUCGGUGGAUGGGUCCCAAACGCUAUGAUUACGUUGGAACUAAGAUAUUCUUGAAGCACAGAUCAUAUGAGGCAGAGGUAACGUAUGAAGAAGCUGAAUCAGAGAACUCUAAAGCUUCCCUACACUCGCGGAGUAAGACAUGGCCAUUUCGAAAUACCUCAAGAUCAGAGAAAAUACUAUGUCGUGCGAACUGCAGCAUAUGUAACAGUAAGGUUGAUGGGAAUAUUGUAAGCACAACACCCAACUCCUGUCCAGAAAAAACAAGAUGGUGUAGAUCGAAAGGGCGGUUUUUGAGUAUAGGUGCUGCAGUGAUGUCAAACCGAAAUGAAAGAGCACCUGAUGGGCUUGUCGUGGAUGCACACCUCUCAGAUGGUUUCCUUCACCUCAUACUCAUUAAGGAUUGUUCUCGUCCCAAGUACUUAUGGCACCUCACCGAGCUUGCGAAAAGAGGUGGAGAACCUUUGAACUUCGAGUUUGUGGAAUAUCACAAGACGCGAGCUUUCACAUUUACAUCAUUUGGGGAAGAGAGUGUGUGGAAUUUGGACGGAGAGAUCUUUGAGGCUCACCAAUUAUCAGCUCAAGUCUUGCGUGGCCUUAUACCUCUGUUCGCAUCUGGUCCAGAGAUAUAACAACAUGCAUGUGAAUGUGGUUUUAUAUGGAGCGUUGUGCAUAGUUAGUGACCCAAGUGAAAAAGCUAUAUGAGAUUGGAAACUAGAAAAGUAUAAUAGUGAACAUGACAAUGUUGCCAAAAAAAGAACAAGGCAAACAUAUUAUAGUAUCCAAAAACUUCAAGAUGUAACCAUUGAAGAUGAUCUUACUCUUUCUCUUUGUAAACAUCAUUAUGAUGUAAUAUAGUCAAUAAUAAUUC